GGUAUACACAUUCCUUGUGACGUUUCGUCUGUGUCAUUUUUUCUGAAUAUUUUGGGAUGGUCGUCGUCGUUCGAAAAUUAUUGGGAGAUGAAGACUAGCUAUUUAAGAAAAUAAUUUUGUAUACAAGUGGUUAAGAUAUGAGAGUAUAUUAAUACACAACAAAUAUUAAACAGGAAAACAAGUGUUUUGCCAGGAAAUGAAGGAAAAAUAAGAGCAAAAUUUCGAACGCAAUUAGAUGACAAAUCUGGAGUAAUCUGACAUAAGAAGCCAAUUAAAGCAAUCGAAUCAUUGAUACUGUUUUAGUAAAAGAGACACCGAUGAACACCCUUUCCACCAGCGGAGCUGCAACUACUGCCACACCCUCAUCUGAUGAGGCUGGAGGUGGCGGUGGCGAUGCAGAUGCAAGCUCGCGGCGUCAAGCCACUAGAGUUUUUAAAAAAAGUUCAUCUAAUGGUAAGAUUACAGUCUACCUGGGGAAACGUGAUUUCGUCGACCACAUUACGCAUGUUGACCCCAUCGACGGUGUGGUUUUUAUCGAUCCAGAGUAUGUUAAAGAUCGUAAAGUGUUUGGCCAAGUUCUUGCCGCAUUUAGAUAUGGACGUGAAGACUUAGAUGUACUAGGUUUGACGUUUCGCAAGGAUUUGUAUUUAGCGCAUGAACAAAUAUAUCCGCAACAACAAACCGAAAGGCCAAUGACAAGAUUGCAGGAACGACUCGUAAAAAAAUUAGGACCGAAUGCAUAUCCAUUUUACUUUGAAGUUCCUCCGUAUUGUCCGGCGUCAGUAUCGCUGCAACCAGCUCCUGGCGACACUGGUAAGUCAUGCGGUGUCGACUAUGAGCUGAAGGCUUUUGUUGGUGAACACAUUGAAGAUAAGCCUCACAAGCGUAAUUCAGUCCGCUUAACCAUACGAAAAGUGAUGUACGCACCGUCAAAGGUGGGCGAGCAGCCAUCCAUCGAAGUGAGCAAAGAGUUCAUGAUGAAGCCUAAUAAAAUCCACCUAGAAGCAAGUUUGGACAAGGAGUUAUACCACCACGGCGAAAAAAUUUCUGUCAAUGUACACGUAGCCAACAAUUCAAAUCGCACUGUCAAGAAGAUCAAAGUGUGUGUGCGUCAAUUCGCUGACAUUUGUCUUUUUUCUACGGCGCAAUAUAAAUCCGUGGUGGCGGAAACUGAAUCGGAAGAUGGUUGCCAGGUACUGCCUGGCUUUACGCUUUCUAAAGUAUUUGAACUAUGCCCACUGCUCGCCGACAACAAGGACAAAUGGGGGCUCGCGCUCGACGGCCAGUUGAAGCACGAAGAUACGAAUUUGGCGUCUAGUACGCUCAUAACGAAUCCGGCACAACGCGAAAGUCUUGGUAUUAUUGUUCACUACAAAGUGAAAGUUAAACUGCUGAUUAGCGGUCCGCUGCUAGGUGGUGAUUUAGUUGCAGAAUUGCCAUUUACCUUGAUGCAUCCAAAGCCAGAGGAGGAAGAUAAUGCACUCUUAAUGGAUAAAUCACCGCGUCAGAGCAUACGUGACCCUGAGUUGUUAUCAAGGGGUGGUGGUUGCGAUGGUGGUGCAGGUGAAUUGCAUCAAGCCGAGGUGCCCACCACGAAUUUGAUACAAUUGGAUGAAGACGAUGCCCAAGACGAUGACAUAAUCUUUGAAGAUUUUGCGCGUCUUCGGCUGAAGGGAGCCGAAACUGAAGCCUAGGCAACGGGCAUUCUCCACUGGCGUUGCGUUGAUACGACAUUGGCCAUUUAGUGUGCUGAAUAAUAUCAUAAUGUAAAUUUCUUUGGAUGACGUAAUUUGACUAUGUGUGAAUUCAAGAUUAGGUCUCCGUUUUAAAAAUUUGUAUCCUUGAUAUUCACUAACCAAUUCUUAUUUAUUUUGUAUGUACAGUAGAAAAAAUUAAAUUGGUGGUGCAAAAAAUAUAAAACAAUAUAUACUAAAACAAGCUAAAUAUCCGUUGGAAACUAAGUUAAGUGUUUAAGUUGAAAAUGUAAUAAUUGUGCAAAUCGAAUGUUUAACAUCUAUUUGACCGUUGAGAGAAUUGUGGAUGCUAAGUUAUUACUGCAACAAAUACUGAGCUGAAAAAUUAUUAGAAUUGAGCAAUUAGCGUUGGGGGAAAUUAAACGAAAAACUAAACUAUCAUCGCGCAAAACAGAAAAUAUGCAUUUUAAUUGUAUUUACUAUUUUAUAAUAUCUUAUAAUUUUUGAAACUUCAUUUGUAAGCUGUUACG